AUGGCCAGCCAGUCCUCUGGCGACGUCGAGAUUCUAGUCCACGUUACCGCGCGCAGCAGGGUGUCCGACGAUGCCACCUACCGCCGUCUCGCCGAGGCGUACCUGUCCUUUGCGCCAGGUAGCCGCGCCCACGUUACAAUACCCAGCUCGCCCGAGCCACAGCAGCCGCCUCCGUCGCGGCAGUAUGAGCACGACGAGGGUGGUUCCGCCGUGCUGCAGUCGUUUUGUUCCGACUCGCAGGACCUGAGCUUUCACGGGGCCCUCGAUAACAGACACUCACCGCGCGUCGUCGCGGCAAGGACGUCGCCGACCACGCCGCCUCCUCAUGUGCUGCGGGAUGAGAAUCCCACAACACCCACGACGGCGGUGCACCAGCUGCCCAGCCAGAUUGCCGAUUCAUACCCAAUGCCCGACUGCGACCUCUUCAUCAUGACUCCCACGCGAGUUUUGCAACGGUACAUGGGCAGUCGACAGCCUGCCCCAAUCUCUUCGGCACCACCCCCGGCAUCAUUACCCGCGCUCGUAUGUGAUGGCGACGGUAACGGCGACGAGGCAAAGCGUUUCAAGGUUGAGGACGAGGCCGUUGACGUCUAUCAAUCUUCCCCCAUUCCUCCAUCCGAUUCAAGUGGUACCCACGAGAACAGGGAGAAGCGCCAGGCAACCAUUCCCGUCACGCCGCUCGUAUCAGAAGCCUCUCGAAAGCGCAGGGCUCCUGACCAUGAAGACGACCACGACACUUCUGCACUAGACGUCACGCACAUAUCCAGCAGCAUACCCGGCAGUAGUGCCUCCUCCGUCGUCGGGCUCCUCCGCGCUGAGUCUGAUCCUCUGCCGUCCAAACGCAUCCGCCAACUCGCACAAGACGCCGGCACGGUACCCCUCGUCCGUAGCGCCAGCGAUAACAGCCACCAGCCUGUUCCUCCUCCCCGCAACACACCACUACCCUCCUCGUCCCUCUCCUACAACGCCCUCUCGCAGAUCCCCUCCACCCAUCCGUCGUCAUCUUCCCUCUCCGUGCGGCCCCCGUCCCCGCCCGUCGGCGUCGACGACCUUGACCUCGCGAGCCUCGUGGCUCCCAAGUUUGCGAAGCUCGCGCAUGACCUCGGCUCUCGUUACCGCCCGACCUUUCACCGCGGCGGUGACGGGGCCCUAGACCCCCUCGAGCGCGGCCACUGGCGCGUCGACUGUCAACACUGGCCGCCCGCGCUGCGCGCCGCGGCCUGGGACUUUCUCACCAAGUACGUCCGGAGCGGCCUCGCCGGCUGGGGCGUCUGGUGCCGCCGCUCUCCCGACGGCGCCACCAUCAAGCUCUACGGCUGGGCGCACGUCGUCAAGCAUACGUAUCUGCUGUUGUACCUGGCUAGCGACCGGUACAUCAAAUCGACGGGCGCCCAGUGGUUUGACGCCGAGGGUCUGGUGGCAGUUGAAGUUUUGCCAUGA